AUGGCUGAGGGCGUUCUCCGGUUCGGAGCAGACUCUGUGCGUGCCUGCGGUAACCUGGAGCUCCAGAGAAAUGAAGUCUCCCUCCUCUUCCUCACCAACCGACAGACGUCUGUGGCCCAAUCAGGGACUCGCCAGCUGGGGUGGAAACUCGGGAAUGAUGAUGUUGUUGGCGCUGUGAACCGCGGAGGGAGCUGGUGGCAGGCGGCGGCAGAUGGAGAAUGUUUUCUUGACAAUGGAGACCUGGGUCACAUGAUGGGGGAGCCAGUGAGUCUGAACGUGGGCGGCUGUGUUUACAGCACGUCACUGUCCCGCUGAGGCGCCAUGUUUAGAGGAGACCUGCCGACGGUCAAAGAUUCCCGCGGGACCUACUUCAUUUCUGACCCGCUGUCUCUUUUCAGCUACAUCCUAAAUUUCUUGCGCUCAUCGGAGCUAACGCUGCCCUGCGGCUUCAAGGAGACGGCGCUGCUCCGUAAAGAGGCGCACUUGUACCAGAUUGAGCCCCUGAUCCAGUGCCUGGGAGACCCCAGCCCGCUGCUGCCAUACCCGACCAACACCUACGAGGAAGUGGCGGAGCUGUCCAGCACCAGGAAGCUGUCCAAGUACUCCAACCCGGUGGCAGUCAUCAUCACCCAGCUCACAUCCACUCUCAAGGUCCAGUCGGUGUUGGAGUCCGUCUCUAGCAGCUUCACCAACUGGGCCAAACACAUGAUGGACAGCAGAGACUUCCAGGUGUCCUUCACGUUUGGACCGUGUGACUACCAGCAGGAGGUCAGCCUGCGGGUCAACCUGGAUCAGAAGCCGAGUCUCUCUGGUUCUGGACCAGGAACAUGGAGGACAUCUUUGUUUUUCAAAGCGGAGGCCGCUAGGUGGCGCUGUGGGGACCUUAGUAAGUUGGACGGGAAUAAAAAGUAA